AUGUCUUUCACCUUCAACUGGCCUCGUUUCUCCGACCAGUUUCACUAUGAUGCCAUUCAAAUGCUCAACACCGCUCUCAACAAGGGAAACAAGCCCCCAAUCAUAGCCGACAGAAUAGAGGUCGUCGAGCUGGAGAUGGGUACCCAGCCGCCAGAACUCGAAAUUCGCGACAUUGGAGACCUCACUGUCGACCAGUUUAGAGGGAUCUUUCGGUUGACAUACGCGGGCGAUGCGCAUCUCGUUUUGAAGACAAAGGUCCAGGCCAACCCGCUCAACCACAAGCAACCUGACAUUCACCUCAUGGCUGGUUCUCGGGGCAUGCUCGCCGCCAAGCACCCACUCGUCGUCCCCAUGCUUCUCCGUCUAUCCCACUUCCGCCUCAGCUCUUAUGUUGUCCUCGUUGUCUCGAAGCAGAAGGGGAUUACCCUCGUGUUCAAGACAGACCCUCUCCAAAACGUUGAUAUUAAUAGCACCUUCGACUCCAUCGCUGUCAUCCAGAAUUUCAUUCAGAGGGAGAUAGAAGGUCAACUGCGGCAGAUGUUUAGGGAGGACUUACCGGGGAUCAUUCAUAGACUGAGCCAACAAUGGGUGAAGGCCAAGGUCGAGGCACCGUAUUUGUCGAAACGACCACCAAUUCCUCAGACACGACCAACGUUCGACACGCUCUCGACGCCCGACAUAUCGUUUCACAGGUCCAUCGCGUCAGAUAUUGGCCUCCACCCACACCUGUCACGUAAAGCUUCUUCAACCUCACUUGGCUCGCGUAAACCACGCUCGGCGUCCGGGUCGGUCACCAGCGCCAGUCGGCCACCCCAACCUCCUGCAGGUUCUUCACCUCAAUCACUGCUAAACGAGCCAUCUACGUCUUCACACCCUGAUCUAGAAAACUUCGACCCGACGUACGGCCUCCGGCCUGAGGGCCUACCCACGAAAAGCGUGUUCAAGGGCUUCAGCAGCCUAUUUACGCCGAACAAGGGCCUUGCAGACCUCGCUGAGGAGCCUGAACCGAGCGAACAGGACGAUGACGAAUACGAUGACGAUGAGGCUGCUUCGUUUGACUUCGUUGAUUGGGGGGAUGAGCCAGCAGGGACGUCGCCGCCUUCAAGCUUGAAUGAGCGCGACAGAGAGAGGGAAAGAGAGAUAGAGUAUGAGACGAUACCUGCCGUUGGCGGCGGCACAAUCACUCGACCAAGGGUAUUUCAUUCGCAGUCGGCCAUACAGACACACGCGUCGGCCAACCUCCCACCACCUCUCACGCGUCCAGCAUCUUCCUCAUCCCUUGCGGGUAUGGGAGGUGUCUUCAGGUCCGGGCUUGCGACACCCGCCUUGUCAAUGCUCUCUCGUCACCCCAGCACAGCAUCGAAUCCUUAUUUUCCCGAAUACCCAUCAGCGUAUCCGCGCACGUAUUCGUACGGUGGACAGGGACCGCACUCAAGUAGGAUGAGCAGCUUUAACUUUGGUAGUGCAGCGCCGAGCGUGUCUGGCAUGUCUAUGCAUGCACCACCCCGCAGCGCACCUCCAAUAGGUCAUGGCUACCGUCCGCCAUCACCCGAGAGUCUUGAGUCGCGCUCGCAGCCGUCCAGGUCGAGUAGCGGGCCAACAAGGACACUGUCGACGGUCCCCACGGAGCACACGCCGUAUGACGAGCCCCCUUUCGCAUCUUCCUCAUCUCACCACGCAGGUACGGCGUCAACAUACGCCCCAAGUACUGCACCCCAUCCGCAUGUCCGCCGACCGCUCUCCGAGCGACGCCUUUCCAUAACCUCUACGACCUCGACUUUUAACACCCAUGCCGAGUUCCUCUCCACUUCUCCCUCUCCCUCGCACAUGCAAUUGCCCCACUUGAACGGCCACCCACACGCGAAGAUCGUCCUCCGGCCGUCGCUAAAUGACUCUAUACACCAGCUCUCGACGCUCAGCCAUUCCAACCACACUCUGUCGCCAUACACGAGAGACUUGUCGCACUUUACGGUACGGAGCGUGCCGCCAAGGGGCCUGGGUGUGGUAGGCGGAGGGCCAUAUGGGUAUGGAGCCAGCGGCGAGCGGCAGCCUGUCAAGGCUAAGAGGAAACGGACGUACAGGCUGGGGGGUAAGAAACCAGUUGCUGGUGACCCCAAUGCUGCUGCAUCCCCAUCUGCUGGACCUUCAGGCCAGGGACCAACUGCAAGGAAAGACUUACCUCCACACCCGUCUUCACCAGCUCCUCCCUCUGAAUUUGAUGCGGAGGACAUGGAUCGAUACUUUCGUUCAUUUGACUAUGACGAGCCGUCCUCUCCGCGGUCUCCCGCAGCCCCGCGAGGCCCUCCUUCCACCAUGUCUGCUCCGCCUCUGCGGUCGGGGACGGCGCCGUCUUCGAGUUUGGGUAUUGGCAGUCGGACGCUACGACAACGGCCUCUACGGCACCUCACAUAA